GAAACAUCGAGAAGAGGCAGCGUUUGACAGGGCAAGUCAUGGCGGCCGAGGUUGAGGACCUCGAGGCCUUGAUAGGCCGCAUUCCUGCCUGCUGCUCGACGACGACGCCAGAGCUUCGUUGUUGUUGCGGUCGCACAGAUUGCGCAUACCUGAAGCACAACUGUGUGGCUCUGGACGACCUCGAAAAGGAAGUGCGGACUGCUGCUCAGCUUGGUCAGGCGUUACUUGUCAGACAUGAGCAGUACAUGCACGAUGCCGAGAAGGAUCGCCUGGAGAUGGGCGCCAAGAUCGAGAAACUCGAGUCGGAUAAGAAGGCCUUGGAGGAAUCGAACGCGAAGAAUAUCGAGGAGAAUCGCGGUUUGUUGAAUCAGUUGGAGGGGCUUAAUACCACGGUUAUCGAGUCGGAAUCGCAUAUUAAGUCGUUGGAGGCUACGCUUCAGUCGACGCGCCAGGAACUAAGGAAACUCGAGGGACUCGCGUCGCGGACUCAUGACUUGGAGGUGCAGUUGGCAGCUUUGGAGCAGGAGCAAGAGUUAUUGCAGAAGACUGUUAUCACUACUGAGGAACAAGAACGUUCGGCGAUACAUAGAUGGAAGAAGGCCGAACGAAGACUGGGCGAACUCCACGACCAACUGGAGAGGAUAGAACGUGAAGCGAUGGAUGAGAGGGAACGACAUGUCGAAGUGCUAGGUCGGAUGGAGAGGCAACGUGCAGUUGAAAGGGAAUUGGAUACUGCUGCUGGACGACUGAAGGGUGCAGCGGCGGCUACGACUGGUAACGGCAAGAAUGGUAGCAAUGUGGUUUCACAUUUUGUCAAGGAUAUCCUCCAGGAUAAUGCGAAUUUGCAGAUGGGAAUCGUCGAGUUACGGGAGAUGCUCAUGAACUCGAAUGAGGAGGUGCAGAUGCUGAGGGAACAGCUCUUACUGCAUCAGCCAGUCGUGGAGGAUAAUGGAGACGGCAGCGGACCUCCGACUCUGAGGGCAGAACUGGCUCCCAAAGAGCCUCCGGAACCUCAGGUCAUCUCCCAGGCUCUUCAUAUCCAUCAUCAUUAUCACGCCCCCAAGAAAGAGGAGAUUCGUCGACCGAAGAAGAAACGCAAUCCCCUCAACACAGCGCUGUUUACUCCGCCCAAGAGCAUGCAAUCUCCCAGGACACCUAGGGGCCAAGACACGGCGAACGCGAUUUUGUCCCAGACAGCAGUCACCAUCCCGGCACCGAUCACACCGACCAAUCGAUGGUCAAUGCAGUCUGCUCAGAUGUCAGACUUUGCUCCUUCUUCGGUACCGAGUUCGCCGCAGUCAAUGUACAGACAUAGCGGGCUGUUUGAUAGAGGAUUCGAUAUCGAUUCGUCGAGACCCACGUCUCCAAGUUCAAGUGUCGACCCAAUGUCACCACAGUUCCCAUCUCGUCACCGGAAACGCGAUUCAGAGGUCUCAGCUCGCAGCUUUAUACCUCCGAGCAAUUUCCAGCCUCAUAUCAUCCACGAAGAAGAAGAUGGCGACGUAGAAGAGCUUCCUGAUCUCCAGGUCACUGACGACACAACUCCAUCGGAUUUGUCCCAUGACACGGAGGAGCUUACUCACGAGGAUGAACCCCAUCGGACCUCUCAAUUUCAACCUAGUCUCCGACGGACCACAUCCCACGAGUCUAUCCUUUCGAUUUCUGGCAUUGACAUCCAUACUCUAAAGUCCCGCCCUUCACAACUCACAAUUACAGGAAGAACCCCCGUGCUGCGUCCAUAUAGCAAACUUGGGAGCCCAUCAACGGCGAUUUCUAUGGACGGCCUAACAAGCUCUUCCAUGAUUACAGCACGGCCAACACUCUCUCGCCACGGACAGGACAGCACCACCUAUCUGCGGUCUAGCAUCGCUAACAACAGCGACAACCGCUCCAUCGCCUCUUCCAACCCGAUCGAAGGUAUCGGCGGGAAGCUAGGUGGCUGGGUUUUCGGGCGAUGGGGCGUCAGUCCCGCGAAAUCACACUCAGAUCUCAGAGGCGCUUCGAGGACUCCAACAUCCCAACAGAGAGCUGUCAGCGGACCACCCGUCGAUCUGAUGCAAGCAUUCAUGGGUCGUCCACCAGGGAUAAACCAGAAAGGUCCAAUUCCGGGAUUUAUAAAAAAGACAGCCAGGACACCGAGUCAAGUGAAGCCUGAAGUGGUCGACCAUGACGCAUUGCGAGAGAUCUUAAGCGAGGGAGGAUCGGUGAAUUGAGCGGCCAGGACUGCUUCAUUGUUCCACGAGAUUUUCGAGCAUUGAAGGGAAGGGAAACAGAACGCUCCGUGACUUUGGGAGAGGCUAUGAAUAUACGGCCAUUGACGGUCACACGAUCAUUAAAGAUUUCCUUGUGUAUAUCAGGAAAGAGGGGAAGGCAUUGCUCCUAAUUUGCAUGGUUAAUUGAGGCGUUUGGGGAAGGCAUCGGAUACCCUUGCUGUUGGAGAUAGAUAGAUAGUCUUGUUACAGAGAUGCAGAUAAUAUAACUCGUUAAACAUAGUUCCUUCG